CGACGGCAACAAGGGUCGUCGGUUCAACAUCUCGACCGGUCCAGUACAAUCUUUCGGGCCCUAUAAAAUCUCCCCUAUGCAAGAAAGACAUCGACACAUCAGCUUUUCCCCACAAAUCCCAAGAGUCCCAAAAACCUCGCUUCAUUCAUUAAAGUCUCUCCCAAAGAGAAGAAAAAAACAACAUGAACGGUUCAUCUGAAAAAAAUAUGAAUGGUUCAUCCGCAGCACUUACUCCGAAAAGACUGGAAGGCAAAGUGGCCAUCAUCACAGGUGGAGCAGGCGGCAUCGGGGCGAGCACCGCGCGGUUGUUCGUCCGCCACGGCGCUAAGGUCGUCGUCGCCGACGUCCAGGACAAGCUCGGCCCAUCCCUGUGCGAGGAGCUAGGUGCCGAGGGUGCUGUUUCGUACGUCCAUUGCGACGUCACGAGGGACGAGGACGUCAAGAAUGCCGUGGACUUCGCGGUCGCCAAGUAUGGCAAGCUCGACAUAAUGUACAACAACGCCGGCAUCACUGGGAAGGUUUACCCGACCGUCCUCGAUGCCGACGGCGAGGACUUCAAGAGGGUCCUCGACAUCAACGUCUGCGGCGCGUUCCUCGGCGCCAAGCACGCCGCCAGAGUCAUGAUCCCGGCGAAGAGGGGCGUCAUCCUCUUCACCGCAAGCAUCGCCUCGACGUGUGCCGGCGAGUCGCCGCACGCGUACACGACGUCGAAGCACGCGGUGGUCGGGCUGAUGAAGAACCUCUGCGUCGAGCUGGGGCAGUACGGGAUCAGGGUUAACGCCAUAUCGCCUUGCGGGAUCGCGACGCCGUUGCUCAGGAACGCCGUGGGGCUUGAGAAGGUGCUCGAGGAGGUGCUGAGCGCGUCGGCAGUGCUGAAAGGGCCGGUGCCGGAGCCGGAGGACGUGGCGGAGGCGGCGCUGUAUCUGAGCGGGGACGAGGCCAAGUUCGUGAGCGGGUUGAACCUCGUGGUCGAUGGCGGUUACACCACCACCAACCCGACCUUCAAGAUGUUGCUGGAGCGUUUGAUGCCUUGAUCUCCUAAAGAUCGUGUAGUAGCGGCAACUAACGAUUUGAUAAAAAGAGCAUGCACGUAGUGUCUUGUUGAAAUAUAGCAUUUAUCAUAUCUCCUUCCUUACGUUGUCGUUUUGAUAAAAAUAAAGAAGACCAUACUUGUGGUGUGCAUCAAUUAGAUGUAUUAUUCAAUGCAAUCGAGUGUCAAACUUCUCAAUUGAU